CACGGCCACAGCCCGCAAGCCCGCUCCUUCGGCACCUCGACCCAUCUGCGGGCUGUGGCCAUCUGCCCAUCUCCUCCCUCCGAUCCCCCAGCGGCCAGCGCCCACCGCUCUCCACGCGGUCGGCCCGUGCGCCGCCCUCCACGCUCCCCUGCCCAGCUGCAGCUCGAGUCCGGCACUCCGGCUGGUGCGGCAGCACCCUCCCUGCCCACGACUUUUCCGUCGUUCGUCGAGCGACGGUAGCUUCGCGGGGGACGAACACCCGACUGGGGUAUGCCUGCCUACUCCCCUCCCUUCCCAUCCUGCUGCGCGAAAUCAAACACCCAAACCCCUAACACAUGGCGAACCCACAAGCUGUACAUUUCCAGCUUUGCAUGAUGCUGUGACCAUGUGUCUGCUCCGAUGGCUCUGAAGGCUGUGUCUCGCCUACGGUCUGCGAGAUGGCGCCUGCUAUCAGCAAAACUCAUCUACCGUUCGUGCUCAGAUAUACCUGCUUCUCCUGAUACUGGAAGUUCUUCUGAAUUUGACACUGCAAUCCGGUUGCUCAAGAACAAUCUGCAGCCAGAGAGGCUAACUCGGGUUAUUGAUUCUACUUCUGAUUCGAGCUUGGCUCUCAGGAUCUUCAGAUGGGCUUCGCAUCAGAGAUAUAACCUUCGCACCGUUGACACCUAUAGCUGUAUGAUCUCCAAGCUUACUGCUGUUGAAUAUCGUGAUGAUAUGGACAGCCUCCUCGGUGACAUGGUCAGAUUGAAGGUCCCUGCAUUGGAACAAGCUCUGAAUGGGUUAGUUCAGUCCCUGAGCAGUAAGAACCAAUUUGAUGAAGCUUUGCUGGUAAUCCAGCAUGCUACCUCUGCCAAGCUCAAGCUAUCACUCUCAGCUUGCAAUGCCAUGCUGCGUGGUCUGGUUAAGCAAGGGAGUGGCCUGCGGUUGUUCAUGCUUGCUUACAUGGAGAUCGUGAAGUCUGGAGUGCUUCCUGAUGUGGAAACACUGAAUUGGUUAAUUCAGGCCUUGUGUGAAUCAGGCCGUGUAGACCUGACACUGAUUCAGUUUGACAGGAUGAACAAGAAAAGGUGUUCUCCUAACAGUCAUACUUUUGAGAUACUCAUCAUAGCGCUUUGUUCCCAUAACAGAGCAGAUGAAGCUGUGGACCUCUUCUAUAAGAUGCUGCAACUAAGAUGCACCCCUGAUGGUAGUUUUUAUGCUCAGGUGAUACCCCUAUUUUGCAAGUUCAGUAAAGUCAAGGAUGCGACUAAGUUGCAUCAAAUGAUGAAAGAAGAUGGCCUUCAGUUGGAUGUGCAUUUGUAUGGUGUCCUCAUUAGAUGUUUAUGUGAGAAUCAAUUAUUGGAUGACUCGAUAAUGAUGCUUAAUGAAAUGGUUGCAUCAGGUCAUGCUCCAAGGGCAAGUGCAUAUGUGGACAUUGUGGACUGCUACUGUACAUCAGCCAAGUUCCACAAGGCUUUAAUCUUUCUAGAGGAAAAUGAUGUCACAGAAUCAGAACCAUAUAAUGUGCUGCUGAGAUGGUUGUGCACAGAUGGCAGACUGCAGGAUUCAGUAAGAUAUCUUGAGAAAUUGCACAACAGAGGUUUGGUUGAUUGUGAGUCAUGGAACAUUGUUAUAACUCACUUCUGCAAUCAAGGAAACAUUAGAAGAGCAUCUGAGCUCAUUGGUAGAAUGGUUGUUUCUGCAUUUGCACCAGAUGAGAGUACCUAUUCUGCUAUCAUAUCUUGUUACUGUCGAUUAGGCUUGCACAUAGAUGCCUUUGCUAUGUUCAGAAGGGUAAGUGUUAAUGACUUGUCCUUGAAUUCAGAAUCUUUCUCACAACUUGUUGAGGUUUUGUGUCACACAGAGAGGAUCCAAGAAGCUAUUGAGGUUUUUAAAUAUCAGUAUAAAAGAGGUUGCAGUCUGACAAACAAAUCACUUGAUAUGCUAAUUCAAGGGAGUUGUUUGUCUGGAAGGAUUCGUGAAGCAGUCCAAUUGCGCUCAUUAGCUGUUUGCACUGGCACUUGUACAUUUUUCACUUAUGACAUAAUUAUCCAAGCACUACUCCAUUUGAAUAAGGAGAAGGAUGUGUUGGUUCUCUUUGCACAAAUGGUGAUGGAAGGUUGUCUAUUGGAUGGGUACGCAUACACUAGUUUGUUGCGCUCUUUCCUCACCAAGGAAACAAUAUUUGAGGCUGCUAUCUUGUUCAACAGAAUGGUGAAUCAGGCCUUUGUUCCUGAUCAAGAUACGUUUGAAUUGUUAGUCAAUGAUAUGGCCUUAUUUUCUUUUCUUAACAUGGUAGCACAAAGUUUACUGAAAGUGGUAAAUACAAGUGGAACAAUGAGCCCCAGAAUAUAUAACAUUAUUAUUUACGGCCUUAUUAAAGAUGGCUUCAAGAACGAGGCAUGUAAGUUUCUAGAUCAAAUGCUGGAAAAGGGGUGGGUACCUGAUUCAAGGACACAUCAGAUCUUGGUUGGCAAUAUUGGUGGAGAGGAAGCUAGAGAAGUUGGUCAUCUCUACCAAACAGUGGAUGAUGACAAUGUGAGCAACAUACUGUUGGAGGGGCUAGAUUGAGGGUCUGAGAUAGGGUUUUAGAUUUUAGUUGUUGUACAAAGACAAGGAGAGGAAUGCCAUUGAUGAUUCGAAGUUUUGAACUCUAUAUUCGGUACACUGUUUGAACUUGGAGGAUACAUCGUUGUCAGGUGAAGUUGUCAAGAACCAAUAUAAAAUAAUAGCAUCAAUAAUACUUGUACAAUAGUAUAAAGACCUCCUGCAGAAAAGAUAAUGAGAUGGCUGUAGAGUCUAAAGAGAUUUCCAGCAGCAAAUAUGACCAGUGACUAAUUGCUUAUCUGCAUAACAUCCUGUACAUUUCAGACAUUAACAUGUCAUUUUUUUUGGGACAAGCACACUCUUUGCUAUCUAGCCAUUACUUAAAUUGUACUUGGGUGCUUUGCCUGAACUUUGUACUAUUAUAUUACUAGCCUUUCUGUUACUUUUAACAUUUUAUAGUUCGCAACUUUGUAUAUAACAUUGGUCUUCUGUU